CCCCCCCCGCCCGCGGCGCGAGGCCCCUCAGCGGCGGCGGCCGGGAUGCGCCGCGCCCGGCACCCCCCAGUGCUGAUAACAUGAUGACCUGACAAGGUACAGGACGUCCUAACUAUGCAGUGCAGGUACUGAUGGGAAAGGAUCCAAUAUGAGUGUAAAUGAUGUUGGAGGCAGACGACGCUUUGAGGAUAGCGAGUACACGUUGCACAUAUAUCCCGGGAGUAUCGCAGAAGGGACGAUCUAUUGUCCCAUCACCGCCAGGAAAACGUCCACGGCUGCUGAGGUGAUCGAUUCGCUCAUCAAUAAACUCCAGCUCGAGAAAACAAAAUGUUACGUCCUUGCAGAAGUGAAGGAGUUCGGUGGGGAGGAAUGGAUCCUCAACCCUACGGACUGCCCAGUCCAGCGCAUGAUGCUGUGGCCUCGCAUGGCCCUGGAGAACAGGAUAAGUGGCGAGGAUUACCGCUUCCUUCUGCGGGAGAAGAACCUCGAUGGGUCCAUCCACUACGGGAGCCUGCAGUCAUGGCUGCGGGUGACGGAGGAGCGCCGCAGGAUGGUGGAACGGGGCUUCCUGCCCCAGCCGCAGCAGAAGGACUAUGAUGACUUGUGCAGCCUGCCAGACUUAAACGAGAAAACGCUCUUGGAAAAUCUCAGAAACCGCUUUAAGCAAGAAAAAAUCUACACCUACGUAGGCAGUAUCCUAAUAGUUAUUAACCCGUUCAAGUUUCUACCUAUUUAUAAUCCUAAAUAUGUCAAAAUGUAUGAUAACCAUCAGCUGGGAAAGCUGGAGCCCCAUAUUUAUGCCGUGGCAGACGUGGCCUACCAUGCCAUGCUUCAGCGGAGGAAGAACCAGUGCAUCGUGAUUUCGGGAGAAAGUGGGUCAGGAAAAACACAGAGCACAAACUUUCUGAUUCAUCACCUCACUGCCCUCAGCCAGAAGGGAUUUGCUAGCGGAGUAGAACAGAUUAUUCUUGGAGCUGGACCAGUGCUUGAGGCUUUUGGAAAUGCAAAAACCGCGCAUAACAACAACUCAAGUCGCUUCGGCAAAUUUAUUCAAGUGAAUUAUCAGGAGACGGGCACUGUGCGAGGUGCUUAUGUUGAAAAGUAUCUGCUGGAGAAGUCCAGACUCGUCUACCAGGAGCACAACGAACGGAACUACCAUGUAUUUUAUUACCUCCUGGCAGGAGCGAGCGAGGAAGAGAGAUCAGCAUUUCAUCUUAAGCAGCCUGAGGAAUAUCAUUACCUCAACCAGAUGACAAAGAAACCCCUCAGACAGAGCUGGGAUGAGUAUUGCUAUGACUCUGAGCCGGACUGCUUUUCCGUCGAAGGGGAGGACUUGAAGCAUGACUUUGAGCGUCUACAACUCGCCAUGGAGAUGGUGGGGUUUCUUCCCAAGACUCGCAGACAAAUUUUUUCUCUCUUGUCUGCAAUACUACAUCUGGGAAACAUCCGUUAUAAAAAAAAGACCUAUCGGGAUGAUUCCAUCGAUAUUUGUAACCCUGAGAUACUGCCUAUCGUGUCGGAUCUGCUGGAGGUGAAAGAAGAAAUGCUCUUUGAGGCCCUGGUUACCAGAAAGACAGUGACAGUAGGAGAGAAGCUCAUCUUACCCUACAAACUAGCAGAGGCUGUGACCGUGCGAAACUCCAUGGCUAAAUCAUUAUACAGUGCCCUCUUCGACUGGAUAGUUUUCAGGAUUAACCAUGCACUCCUGAACUCGAAGGACAUGGAGGAAAGUACCAAGACUUUAUCCAUUGGAGUACUUGAUAUUUUUGGGUUUGAAGACUAUGAGAAUAACAGUUUUGAACAAUUCUGCAUUAACUUUGCCAACGAGCGCUUGCAGCACUACUUCAACCAACACAUCUUUAAACUUGAACAGGAGGAAUACAGAGCAGAAGGGAUUAGCUGGCACAACAUCGACUACAUAGACAACUCUGGCUGCAUAAACCUUAUCAGCAAGAAGCCGACGGGCCUGCUCCAUCUGCUGGAUGAGGAAAGCAACUUUCCUCAAGCUACCAACCAGACUCUGCUGGACAAGUUUAAGCGACAACACGAAGGCAACUCCUACAUUGAAUUUCCAGCAGUGAUGGAGCCAGCUUUCAUCAUCAAACACUAUGCAGGCAAAGUCAAGUAUGGAGUGAAGGAUUUCCGUGAGAAAAACACAGAUCAUAUGCGUCCAGACAUUGUAGCUCUCCUGCGAAGCAGCAAAAACGCCUUUAUCUGCGGGAUGAUAGGGAUUGACCCGGUGGCUGUGUUCCGAUGGGCAGUCCUCAGGGCGUUUUUCAGGGCAAUGGUUGCUUUUAGGGAGGCUGGGAAACGACACAUUGAGAAGAAAACUGGGCAUGAUGAUGCAGUGCCAUGUGCGGUUUUGAAAAGUGUGGAUAGUUUUAGCUUUCUCCAUCACCCAGUUCACCAGAGGAGCUUAGAGAUCCUGCAGAGAUGCAAGGAGGAGAAGUACAGUAUUACCCGGAAAAGCCCACGAACACCGCUCUCAGAUCUCCAGGGAGUCAAUACCAUCAACGAGAGGACCCAGCGGGAUGCCUACGCGGUCGGCUGGAAUGGCCGGAUGGGGAUGCGGCACAGCAGGCUCGCCAGUCCCAGCUCCUUCCUAGACAAAGAUGGGAUAUUCGUGAACACAACCAACAGCAAGCUGCUGGAAAGAGCCCACGGCAUUCUCAUGCGAAAUAAGAACUUCAAAGCCAAACCCAGUCUCCCAAAGCACCUGCUGGACGUGAAAUCUCUGAAGCACCUGACCAACCUAACGCUGCAUGACCGCAUUACAAAAUCCCUUCUCCACCUCCAUAAGAAGAAGAAACCACCCAGCAUCAGUGCCCAGUUCCAGGCAUCGCUCAACAAGCUGAUGGAGACUCUUGGCCAGGCAGAGCCUUAUUUUGUCAAGUGCAUUCGAUCCAAUGCUGAAAAGCUGCCCCUGCGGUUCAGCGAUAGCCUGGUGCUCAGACAGCUGCGGUACACGGGCAUGCUGGAGACUGUUCGGAUUCGCCAGUCAGGAUACAGCUGCAAGUACUCUUUCCAGGAUUUUGUGAACCAUUUCCAUGUCCUUCUGCCACAAGGAAUCAGCCCGUCUAAGCACAAUAUCCAUGAUUUCUUCAGGAAAAUAAAACUCAAUCCAGACAAUUACCAAGUUGGAAGAACCAUGGUUUUUGUGAAGGAGCGAGAGCGGCAGCUUCUGCAGGACCUGCUCCAUCAGGAGGUACUGCGCAGGAUCACACUGCUGCAGCGCUGGUUCCGCAGCAUGCUCUGCAGGAGGCAGUUCCUGAGCUUAAGGCAAGCGGCAGUAAUCAUACAGAGAUUCUGGCGUAGUUACCAGAGCCGAAAGCAAGGCGAACCAUCCCCAGACCCCCUGGUACUCAGCAAAGCCGCAGUUGUGCUCCAGACCCACUGGCGAGGCUUCGUGGAGAGGCGGAGGUUUCUGCAGAUGCAGUUUGCUGCUCACCUCAUCCAGAGCUGCUGGCGGGAGCACUCGAAGCGGAGGCACGAUGCAGCCACCAGCAUCCAGGCAGCCUGGCGAGGGCACUGCGCAAAGCGGCUUUACAGAGUCAGCAGAAGAAAAAUCAUCAGUUUGCAAGCAGCAUGCAGAGGAUAUCUAGCACGACAAAGGUUUAGAGCUUUGAAAGAGCAGAGGUUAAAAGAGAUGCAGCUGGAGAAUGGCCUGUCAAUUAGCGAAGAGGAUGGACUGGAGGCAGAUGGUGCUUUGGAAAUUAAGGGCUCCGACCCAUCCAAGUGGGAGGAUGGCUCAUUUGAAGAGAGAGUGAGAGCUGUAGAGGAACAUAAAUCACUGAUGGAGAAUAAUCGGGUGAAUCAUGUGGAUCCACUGGACACUUCUGCAAAUUUAUUGUACAAAAGGCACGAGAGAGCCAGUAGCCAGAGUGGUAUGGACACUGAAGAGGAAGUAAUUGUGAGAGAGAGACCCAAGUCACUGGAGGAUCUUAACCAGAAGAAAGUCGUUCGUGCAAAAAGGGAAAGCCGGAGAAUGCGUGAGCUGGAACAGGCAAAAUUCAGCUUGGAAUUGCUUAAGGUCCGGUCCACCGGAGGGCUGUCGCCUUCAGAAGAGCGACGGUGGUCUACCGAGCUGGUAUCAGAGGCACUUCAUUCCCCUCAGGGAACCCCGGAGAGUGAAAGCUCUCAAGGGAGCUUAGAGAUGUUAAGCUGUGAAGAUACCCCAAGUAAACUCGUUUCCUUAGUUUUAGAUGAGCAAGAUGUGCAGUCAUUUUCCCCUGAGACACAGGACUCCGUGCCUAGCAGUCCCCAGCCCCAUCUGCAGGACAAGUCUUUCUGCACAGCUGAUGUGAACAGCAAUUUAUCCAGUUGCAGAAGGAUGCUUUCAGACUCUGAGCUGCCCGAUAACCACACUGCAAAGGAGCAUGUGGUCUGUGACCCCCAGAAUUAUCUAUACAAGAUGCAUCCAAGAGAAACUUUCCUUUCUAGUAACCUACCUACUUUCUACAUUCCACCACAGGACAACAUGAAGGUAAAGCAGUCACUGGUGGAGAAUAACUUGAGGAAUAAAGCAGUGGAAAGAGAGGAGAAAACAGUUACGUUCUCAGAGAUCAGGAAGGACUCUGAGCAAGACCAGGGCAAAGCCUUGGGAAGGGAGGAAGGAGAAAAGUCUUCUGCCAAGAGAGAGGAACGUGGGACAGCUGCUGCGACACAGACCCAUUCUCCAGACUCCGUCAUCAAGAGACUGGAGAAGCUCAAUGUGGAGAAGGAAGAACGACAAAAGCAACUUCAGCUGCAAAAUGAGAGGGAGAUGAUGGAGCAGAUCCGUCAGCAGAAGGAAAUUCUGGAGAGACAGCGCAAAGCCUUCGAGCAGCUUGAGAAGCAAGGCCGUGUGGAGGCUUUGCAGAGGGCUGAGCUGAGCAGAACGAAGGACCCCACUUUGAAACCAUCCAAAAAAACAGACAGCCGGCCUCAGUCAGCCCUCAUCCUGCACCCCCAGGGCACAACCACAGCUGGUACGCCAACCUCAUCAGUGGACAUCAAAGGUCUCACCGUUGGGAACAGGGGAGGCUCUCCAGCCCAUGGUGCUGCCAAAGACAGACCUGUCAGCAUGUUCAUGGAGCGAAGGGAGGGUCAGGCGGGGACAGCGCUGGAGUCACGUUGCAGCUCCAGGCUGGCUCCGGACCCCAGGGAUGUCCCGGGCAGCCCCUUCUCUAGGACAGAGCGCCUCCGGCAGCCCCGAGUGCCACACCAGGCCACCGAGGAGACAAGGGCAAGCACCAUGUUCUUCACACCGAAAGAUAAUCCCUUUGGCCUCCACAGGGAAGCAAGUCAUCAAUGCCUUCCCAAGGGUGAGCUAACUAGGAAGCCAUUUAAGAUGCCUGGGUCUGGCAGAGGGGAGGUUCCCAGACCGACCCAUAAAAAGAAAGCCCGCAUGGCGCGGACGCGCUCCGAUUUCUUGACUAGAGGUACUUUUGCUGAUGGGGAGGGGGAUACGGAGGAAGAUGAUUACGAUGGCAAUUUUGAGUUCCUUCUCUCCUCUGACCAACCUCCUCAUCCUGAGACAGGGCCUGCAGCCCGGCUCGGGCAGGCCUGUUACAGUGACUCCGAAAUGACGGUGCAGCGGUUCACCUCUGGGGAAGGCCAAACAAAACUCCAUAAAACCAUGUCUCAGGGGGAGAUCGGGAAGCUGGUGGCUGCGCAGAAGACCCUGGCCCCAGACGGGAGGCCUCAACGAGCCAAGAUGAGAUUUUGGGUGAAGGGAAAGCAGGGGGAGAAGAAGACCCCUCGGGAGAAGCUUGCUACACAGUCUGAGCUGCUGGAGCUGUACGCGGAGCAAGAAGCACCCAACAGAGAGGUGAUUUCUGGCUUGCAGCUUGGUGAAGAGUUGGGUCCUCACCAUCUGACACCCCCGCGGAGUCCUGAGCUGUCAGGAAUCUACCGGAGGGAAUUUAAGGAGAACAAGGAGCCCUCUCCCAAAGUGAAACGCAAGCGCAGCGUCAAAAUCAGCAACGUGGCUCUGGAGCCCGUGCAAUGGCAGAAUGACUCCCUGCAGAUCAUAACCAGUGCUAGCGACCUGAAGAGCAUGGAUGAGUUUCUCCUGAAAAAGAUGAAUGAGCUGGAUAAUGAGGACAGCAAGAAGGACACGCUGGUGGAUGUAGUGUUCAAGAAAGCGCUGAAGGAAUUCCGACAAAACAUCUUCAGCUUUUACUCCUCAGCGUUAGCGAUGGAUGAUGGGAAAAGCAUCCGCUAUAAGGACCUGUACGCCUUAUUCGAGCAGAUCCUUGAGAAGACCAUGAGGCUUGAACAGAGGGACUGGAGUGAGUCUCCAGUGAAAGUCUGGGUCAAUACCUUCAAAGUCUUCCUGGACGAAUAUAUGAUAGAGUACAAACCCCUGGACUACACCGCAGUGAAGGUGCCAAAAACGGAACGAAAAAAGAGAAGGAAAAAAGAAGCGGAUGUGGUGGAAGAGCACAAUGGGCACAUUUUUAAGGCGACCCAGUACAGCAUCCCCACCUACUGUGAAUAUUGUUCUUCCUUGAUCUGGAUAAUGGACAGGGCUUCUGUUUGUAAAUUAUGUAAAUAUGCUUGUCACAAGAAGUGCUGUCUUAAAACCACGACCAAGUGCUCCAAAAAGUAUGAUCCCGAGCUCUCGUCUCGGCAGUUCGGCGUGGAGCUCUCCCGGCUGACCAGUGAGGAGCGAGCUGUGCCAGUGCUGGUGGAGAAGCUGAUCAACUACAUAGAAAUGCAUGGGCUGUACACAGAGGGCAUUUACAGAAAAUCAGGGUCCACCAACAAGAUCAAGGAGCUGCGGCAAGGACUAGAUACAGACAUUGAUAAUGUGAAUUUAGAUGACUACAACAUCCACGUCAUUGCCAGUGUCUUCAAGCAGUGGCUCCGAGACUUGCCCAACCCUCUCAUGACCUUUGAGCUGUACGAGGAGUUUCUGCGGGCGAUGGGCCUGCAGGAGAGGAAGGAGACGGUGCGGGGAGUCUACUCGGUCAUCGACCAGCUCUCCCGCACCCAUCUGAGCACCUUGGAGCGCCUCAUCUUCCACCUUGUCAGGAUUGCCCUCCAGGAAGAGACCAACCGAAUGUCAGCUAAUGCUUUGGCCAUCGUCUUCGCUCCCUGCAUCCUCCGCUGCCCCGACACGACAGACCCGCUGCAGAGCGUUCAGGACAUCAGUAAAACAACCACCUGCGUAGAACUAAUUGUCAUCGAGCAGAUGAACAAAUACAAGGCUCGCCUCAAGGACAUCAACAGCCUGGAGUUCGCUGAGAACAAAGCCAAGAGCCGCCUGUCCCUGAUCCGCAGGUCGAUGGGCAAAGGACGCAUACGGCGCGGCACCUACCCCAGCCCAACGUCUCCUGUCGCCGUACGCCUGCCCUCGGUGUCAGAUGUCCCUGAGGAGACCAUGAGCAGCGAGGAGGCCAUGGAGAUGGACGUCACGGAGCAGCAGCAAGCAGCCAUGCAGCAGGAGGAGAGGGUGCUGACCGAGCAGAUCGAAAGCCUGCAGAAGGAAAAGGAGGAGCUGACGUUUGAGAUGCUGACGCUGGAGCCCCGUGCCUCUGAUGAUGAAACGCUCGAAUCCGAAGCCUCCAUCGGCACUGCUGACAGCUCUGAAAACCUAAACUUUGACUCUGAAGGAGCCAUCUCCGAUCGUUCGGAGCGAAGCGUAGCACUUAGCUCCCUGCGUCCCACCAAGGCAGAGGGGCCCAGCCGGCUGCGAAGGCACCCCAGGACACGGCCGGAUGUGGUGGACACGGCGGACGCCUCCAUCGUCUCCUCCUCCUCCUCCUCUCAGUCAUCCACCUCCUGCUUACCCCACCUGCCUCGCAAGCGCUUCCAGAUGUACUCCAAAUCACCCUUCUACCGAGCGGGGGGGCCAGGCGAAUCCCCUGAGCCCACCUCGGGGCAACCUGACGACCGCCCCCAGUUCACCACCCGCGGGACCUUCAACCCAGAGAAGGGCAAGCAGAAACUGAAGAGUGUGAAGAACUCCCCCCCGAAAACCAAAGAGCCACCAGAGGGGGGUACGGGCCGCAAGAGAAAUCCCGAGGCCGACCGGGCCACCGGCCAGCAGCUCGUCCUCCUGGGGAGCAACGAGUUCAUGGUGUGAGGUGCGAGCCCCCGGCCCUGUGGCAAAGCCUCGAGCAUCCCCUGUUGUCACCAUCAUUAUCGUCACCAUCUUCCUCACCAAUUGCUUGGGCGCCAGCGCCAGAGGAAGACGAGCGCUCAAUCCAGAAGGCUGGUGGGGACGGAUUCAGCAGUGGCCUUAACGGUGUGGGGUUGGGAGCGGCCGGGGCAGGCGGCCUGGGGACAGAGGGACAGAGGAGGGACAGAGGGACAUCGGUGGGGAAAUGGAAAGCCCUGGGUCCCGUCUCGGGAAGGGCGCGUUGCUCUUUGUCCGGGCAACAGCGCUGCAGCUGAACCCUUGUGCCGGGCCGCCCGUGGCCGGAGGUCCCAUCAUCAAGCGAGGAAGUAGGAAUGCAUAGAAAGCAAAGCCCAAAAGCCCACAGAGGCGCCUGCGUCCGGCCACGCUGCCGGCAGGAGUGGGCUCUGAGACCCCUGCGCUGUAAUCAUGUCAUUCAAGCAAAAGCCAAGUGCAUGGAAAAGCGUUAAGGAAAUCUGCCAAAAGUCAUAUUUUUUUGUUUGUUUGUUUUUCAAUGUGACCUAACCACCCUCCUCUUGUUUUUUUUUUGUUUUGUUUUGUUUUUUGAGACCAUCAGUAUUAAAAAAAUGAUAAUAAUAAUCAAGGACUUACUUGAACCUCUAUCUGUUUAUAUUCUGGCUUACUGGAGUUUAUUGUAAAUAUUUUUUUAUGUUUUUUUUUUUUAACUAUUUUUCCCCAGACAGGAGUUUUAUUUUUCUGUGACAGGGCAAGGGGAGCGAUGGGCAAAGUGGGGUCACCGCGGGCGUCCCACUGUCCCUACCCGUCACCUGGCGCCAGCGCGCACGUCACCGCGCACAUCAUCUUUGGCGAGAAAUCCACCGGGCUGUAAUUAGCGUCACUUGGAAGCAGUGCCCGCAAUAGCGCUAAUUAUCAGUGCUCGCUAACAACCGGGGGCUUAAUCCCUCCCGCACCAGCUCGGUUGCAGCCGGGGUGCUCGGAGAUGCACCACGGUCGCUGGAAUAGAGAAGAGAUUAGGAGCCCGGGGACGCUAAUUGGAUUAAUAAAUGCUGGAUCUGCCCUUUCGGAUACGCUGCUCGUUCCGUGCGUGUGCGGGCUGAGGCUCAGCUCCUUUCCCUAAACACCAAGAAGAGGGAAAAUACCAAUAAUUGCAUCUUCCUGGGUGUUUUGCAUUAGUUUGACUGGGGCUGGGGAUGCUCGGCUCCUUCCAGUCUUGCUCCUGCCCUUGGUGCUCGCGGCAUUGGCUCGGUCCUGCAGCGCAGCCCCCUCUUCCCAGCCCAAGUGCCAGUUAUUUCAAGGGAUGUUUUAUUUAUUUCUUUCAUUUCUUUUUUUUUCUUUCCUUUUUUUUUUUUAAUUUGGAAAGGGGAAUGAUUUAAGCUGCAUGGGGGAAGAAAGUGUUGUCCCUGCUCUGCCUCCCUGCAUGGGAGCGGGAGGAAUGAAACCCCCGUCGCUGGGUGAAAUGGGCCGGGGCCCUGCUAGGACCGGAGUGGGGCGUGGUGGGAGGGCGGCGAUGCUCAUAAGGGCAGGAAUUUACUGGGGAAAAGCCUGGAAAUGGCACGAGCACCCAGCAAGAGCCUGGUGCAGUCAGCGCUGGGUCCCCAGAAAUCAUGGAAAAUUGGGUGUUUGAGCCGCUUCCCACCCGGCAUGGAUCCAGCGCCCAGCUGCUCCCCCUCAGGGGUAAAUGGCUGUUUUUUGGGGGCAAAAGGUUAGGUUUUGAAGACGAUCCGCUCCUCGUACCAAGUGAAUGUACUUACUACUGGAAAGGACAUGGGCUGCGUGUUGUUAAUUAUUAUUUUUAACAGAAAUUUUUUUAAGUAAUUUAUAAGUAUGCUGAGUGUAAAUUAAAAAGAAAAAAAACAAAGUAUGUAUUGUAAGAGGAUAUAUUAUCCUGUGUCAUACUCGCUAUAAAUUUUACCUGUUAAAAAAAAAAAAAAGAAAAAAAAAGAAAUAAAAGCGUAAUUAUAUAAAGGAGAAUGAUUUCUCUCUCCCCCGGCACCGGGGAGGGGGGCAGCUGGCAAGCUGUCAUGUCACAUCCGCGGUUCUCUUUAAUUUCUUAAUUAAUGUUGUUCCCUUCCCUUCUGCAAUAAGGCCGUCAUUCUGUAUAAAGUGCAAUUUUUGUGUAAUAUUUCUCCAACGUAUACCGUGUGGCUGUACAAAGCGGCUUGGUGGCCGAGUGAACCCCUCGCUUAUUAAAGAGCUGUAACGAGGA